GAAAAGAGAAGGAAGAAAACAAUACUUUGGCUGUGGAGCCUUCUUCAGGUAAAUUGGAUAAUUGGAUAUUAAAUCCGAUAAUCAUUUGGAUAAUUCCAUCUUGAUUUGACUUGUAGAUAAGACAUUUGAGUUUACAGCAGAGCAAAGAGCUCUGGAGAGAUCUCCCUCUGUGUGUGUGUGUGUUUGAGUCGUGCUCCGUUAGUGCCCCCGUCCAGCCCGAACUGCCCCCACUGGAGGUGCUCGCUGCCGUCCUGUAUAACCCCACCGCAGGCCGGGGGAAGGAGAGCACAGGUCAGCACGAUCACACGGGCUCUCAGCCCGGGCCGCAGCCCAGCUCAGAGGCUUCCUGUUUACUCUGGAGAUCCUUCCCCCACCGUGAAACCUGAAGCAGCCCCGAGCCGCUUUGGUCUCCUGCACUGGAAUCCACGACAUGUGCCGUGGCGAUUUCCGCGGCGAUAAACACGCCGGCUCCCGCGCUCCGCCACGUCCCAACCCGCUCAGCCUUUCCGCUCCGCAGCUGCGGGUCCGAGCCGGACCGGACCGGACCGGACCGGGCAGGACCGGACCGCGGCCGCCGCUCACCGUGCCUGGUCUGGACUCGACGCCGGCAAGAAAAGUGGCUCCACGCGCUCCUGGCUGGCCGGCCGGCUGAGCCCCCCCCGGUCUGCAGUCGGCACGCACCCCGAGGUCUCCAGCUGCUGCGCAUUCCGGAGCUCGAGGGAGAGCGCGAGGGAGCAGCGCGGGCGGCGCAAGCGGACCGGCACCCGGCGCGCAGGGCUGCCCCCGGGGGCGUAGUGCGAUGCCUCAGCGGCGCCGGACAUCCCGCAUCCCGGACUCCUGCCUGACACGGACAACUUUUCUGCGUGCGUGCGCACUUGCGCAUCUGGAUUUCUGACUGUUCUGGUCUUUUCCUUCUCCUGCUCGCUCCAAAAUCCAAGAGCAACCACAACAGCAAGAAUGCCUGACACUGACAGCUCCGUUUCCAAAACGGAUGCACCUGAGCCGAGGAGGGACGGAGCCCAGCAGACGAGCUCUGCAGGCCUGGAGAAAGAGGCAUCGGCACUCUCCAGUACCCCUGCUUCUCCCAAGGGCACCCCUCUGGACCUCAUUGACACUGGGAAGGGGCUGAAGGUGCAGACGGGGAGGCCUCACCUGGUGAGCCUGGGCAGCGGGCGUCUGAGCGUCGCCAUCACACUGCUGCCCCUGGAGGAGGGGAUCACCCGGAUUGGCCGGGAGGAUGCCUCCACACCCCAGGAUAUCACGAUCGAGGGCCCGGGAAUUGCUGCAGAGCACUGUCGCAUUGAGAACAGGCAGGGGGUGAUCAUGCUGGACCCCUGUGGGAACCUCUGUGCCCUGGACGGUGUGCCAGUGACCAGGCCCACACAGCUGACCCAAGGAUACACCCUCUGCCUGGGCAAAUCCUACUUCUUCCGCUUCAACCACCCGGAGGAGGCCAGCCGAAUGAAGAGCAUGCUGCCCCAGAAGAGUCCCGCCUGCUCCCUCGCGUCGAGCCCAGAUUACUUAAAAUACGGGGGUGAGUACAGCCUUGGCCAGAGCAGCUCCAGUCUGAGAACUACAAGGUCAGGCCGGGCCGGGAGCGACCUGCAGGACAUAGUGGACACUUUGCAGAGGAGGAGGCUGGCUGUGGACGCCAUCUGCCGAACCAAUGGGGACUACGCCCCCUCUUACUUCUCCUUGUCCCACUCUCCGCCCGGGCGCAGGGCGCCCGGGGGGGGGUCCCUCCUCUCCAUGUGGAACGGGAGCGGCGCCGGGGAGUCCCUGCCCCCCGCGGGCAGCGGCGGCCCGGCCAGCAUGCCGUCCAGCCCUCGCCUGGCCCGCAGGCUGAACCUGCAGGACAGCCCGGCGCUGCCCGGGAGGCCGGGGCGGGCCGGGGACGUGGGCCCGGACUCGGGGCCCAGGCAGAGGAAGUACUCGGGGGGCUCCCUGAGCAGCAUGGGGGCUUACAGCCGCUCGCUGCCCCGGCUCUACAAGUCCACGGACAGCCAGGUGGCCCCUCUCACCCUGCCCCCUCGGCGCUCGCUGGACAGCCACAGCCGGGCCCCUGCCCCCGAGUCCUCCCCCAACGGCGCCGCGGAAGGGGAGGUCUUCUCCGUCUCCAUGUCGUCCAAGCCAUGUCGUCCAGGCCUGGGCUCCCCGGAGAGGGGCGCGGACGUCUCCGCGGCCUCCAGCGUCCCCACCAGCCCCCGGGUGGCCAAGAAGAUGAGCCUCACCUCCUCGGGCUCCUCCUCCUCCUCCGACGUCGACCGGAACGGCUCCCUGGGCUGCUGGGCGGAGCUGGGGGAGCGGAAGCUGUCCUCCGGCAGGGGCGGCGCGCGGGGCCCGCGGGGGGGGGGCCCCGAGGCUCAGCCGCCGCCCUUCCGGGAGCGCAAGAGCAGCAUCAGCUCGCUGAGCGGCAAGGAGGAGCUCCGGGACUACCACCAGCGGCAGAGGGACGAGCGGCUUCGGGAGCAGGAGGUGGAGAGGCUGGAGCGACAGCGCCUGGAGACGAUCCUCAGCCUGUGCUCCGAGCUGAGCCGAGCCGACCGGGAGCCCGCGGGCACCGCCGUGGCCGACCUGCAGAAGAUCAGCAGGGAGCUGGAGAAGCUGCAGUUGUCCGAUGAGGAAUCCCUCUUCUCCGAUGGCCCCCUGGCUCAGGGGAACGGCAGCCCAGCCAAGCCCAGGGACUUCUCCCGAUCCCUGGGCCCACAGUACGGCGGCAGCGUGGACCAUCAGCUCCAGCCCUCUAGACUGCAGGAGGCGCGGGCCCCCUGUGGGUCUCUGAGGAGCUCAGGAUCAUCUCCGCAUCUCCUCAGGACCAACAAGCAGACCUCAGAGCCACCGGAGAAUGAGAACCGGAAUCAGGAAGUGACCCGCAUCGAGGAGGAGAGGAUACAGGUACUAAACAACCUGGAGGAGCUUGAGCAGAAGAUCAAAGACCUGGACAACCAAAUGGAGGAGUCAAUGAGGGAGAUGGACAUGGAGAAAGCCCUGCUGGAGGGCGAGCAGGAGUCCGAGUCGGCCCAGCUGCAGCACGACAAGGAGGUGCUGGACCAGCUGAACGCCAGGAUCGCCGACAUCGAGAAGAGCAGCGUCUCGGAGAAGCUGAAGGACAAAGCAAAGCUUGAUGCUGAAAGGGAAAAAAUAGAGAAACUUCAGGAGCUUUAUACAGAGCAGAAGACCCAGCUCGAUAACUGUCCUGAGUCCAUGAGGGAGCAGUUACAGCAGCAGUUGAAGAGGGACGCCGACCUGCUGGAGGUGGAGGCCAAGCGCUUCGAGGACCUGGAGUUCCAGCAGCUGGAGCGGGAGAGCCGGCAGGACGAGGAGAAGGAGACGCUGACCCAGCAGCUGCUGCGCGAGGUCGCCGACUACCAGCGCAGCGCCGUCACCAGGAAGGAAAGGCUGCUGACCUUGAAGAAACAGUCCAGUCAGAUUGCCCAGCAAGCCCAGUGGGAGAAGGACAGUUUCCUGAAGGAGAAGAACAACCUACUGAUGAUGCUACAGAGGGAAAAAGAAAAUCUUGCAAAUUUGGAGAAGAAGUAUGUGGAGCUGACCGGAGGCAGGGGGUUCCCAGUUAGCCCUGACAGUAUGAAAGAGGACUGCUCCAUGCUUGCUGAUGUGUGCAGGCUUUCCGGCAGCGGCCCUCCCCACACAGCCCUGCCUCUGCUACAGGCUGACCUGCUGGCUCUUUCCUCUUUCCUGUCUUCGUUUCCCCUUAAGAGAGCGGAGGGCUAUGUGACAGUCAGUGAGAUCAAUGAGCUCUAUGGGCAGUCCGGGCCCCCCUCCCCUUCUCAGCCCAGUCCAGAGGGUCCUGCCCCAUCGCAGUCCCCACAGGCCCCAGAGGAAGAGCCAUCUCACUCUUCGCCUGUGAACUCUGGAGGUGCCCCUCCUCCUUCCCUCUCUCCUCAACCUGACUCCUCUCGCCCUCACUCUCUUCGUCCGGUCCCCAAGCCCCCUUCAGUGCACUGGCCCGAGGUCAUGGUCACCUAUGUUGACCCUUCACCUUUACCUGAAACUCCUCCUCCUCCACCACUUCCAGCCAAAAAGCACCGCCGGCACAGGCAGCAUUUCCGGGUGCUGGAAGAGAGGAAGAAGUCCAGCAAGGAGGGCACGCACCAGAGCGACACGCUGCCCAGGAAGAAGAGCUCCCUGGCAACGUCGGCCCACUUCAGCAGUUCCACCCUGGGGCGCAGCGCCAAUCCCAAGUCUCACCUGCCCCUGGUGCAGAGCUCCAGCUGGGGGAGUGUCCUGCCCCGCAACCUGACUGUGUCCUCCAAAGACCUGGACUCCCGCCGACAGCACAAAGGGAGGACUAAGAAAGGAACGACUUCACAUUCCGAGGGGUCUCCUAAAAAAGGACAUAAUCAUGACCACAUGAGCGAGGAGCAGAGACAGAGACUGUCUGAGCUGUGCAGCAGAACAGCAUCUGAAUCUAAUGUUUAUCUGGAUUCUUUCCAUUAUGCUGACAACGGAUAUAAGGAGCAUGCUUUCGACACAAUGAGCCUUGAUAGUUCAGACAGUAUGGAAACCAGCAUAUCAGCCUGCUCCCCAGACAACAUCUCCAGCAGUGCCAGCACCUCCAAUGUGGCGAAGAUUGAGGAGAUGGAGCGACUGCUGAGAGAGGCCCAGGCCGAGAAGCACCGGCUCCUGGAGAACCGGGAGCGGGAGAUGGAGACCCGGAGGCAGGCGCUGGAGGAGGAACGCCGCCGCCGCGAGGAGCUGGAGAAGCGGCUGCAGGAGGAGACCAGCCGGCGGCAGAAGCUCAUCGAGAGAGAGGUCAAGCUGCGGGAGAAGCAGAGGGCACAGGUGGGCGCCUCCCAGCGACGCCCAAAAACAUUUCUCUGGUGUUUUUCUACAGAUAAGCACGAAGCGAAGUUGAAAGGAGUGAUAUAUUUCCAGGCCAUUGAAGAAGUGUAUUACGAUCAUCUGAAGAACGCGCACAAGAGCCCAAAUCCUUCCCUGACGUUCAGCGUGAAGACCCACGACCGGGUGUACUACAUGGUGGCGCCCUCUCCAGAGACCAUGCGGAUCUGGAUGGACGUCAUCGUGACCGGGGCAGAGGGAUACACACAGUUCAUGGUGUAGCCGGCAGGACGGGGCUUCUGCUGAAAACGCGGAUGCACCCGACAGGUCGCCGUCCUGGGACUUUUUUCCCCACUGCUGCCUUCAGAUAACGGGUACACUAGAAUACUGGGCACAGUGUGUUCUUUCCGUUUUUUGUGUUUUUCUAUUUUUUUUUUUUUUUUAGUGGGUUUUCAAUUUUGUUUUCGCUUGUCUAUAAAAAGGCUUAAGAAACCACCCACGUCCGAGGAGCCUCUCGAACCCCAGUCUGCAGCCAUUUGCUGCACGGCAUAGUACCGCCCCUCCGGGGGGGGAGCCCACUUCCCCUGGACAGCAAUGCAGCAGCUCAGUAUCACCGGCUCGUUGGUGCUGGUCGGGAACAAGGGGGCGGUGUUCAGACCGGCGAGCGGGCGGGCGAGGCCGGCGUUGGCGAGUGUGGCUCAGGACUGCGCUGCAGGGGCUGUGGCGCCCGGGUCUCUGUGCACCCUCGGUGCUUUCCUGGCCAUGGGGAGCGAAGGCCAGGUUCACUCGCGCGCCCGCGAAGGCGUGCCUCUCCCUUCAAGAGCGCUUGCGGACGAGUGCCAGCGCUUUCCCCCAGCUGGUCGGCGCCCUGGGGGGACAGAAGGGGGCGCACCCUCCGCUGCGCGAUGGGCGUUGGGCAAGGCCGGGUUCCCCCUCUCUCAGCGUGGCCUGGCGGGCACUGCCCGCGCUGCCCCCCUGUCCCGCUGUCUGCGGAGCAGAAGGGUCUGUUGGGGUACAGCAGAGCGGCUCGGGAUCGAUCCUGAUCUGAAAGAGCGUGUGACGACGGUGCUUCCGCCAAACCCAGAUCUCACACCAGCGGCUGGGGCUCAUCUCGGCGUGCACCUCUGGGUGUCGACCUUUUCUGUCUCUUCAUUAAUGUUUGAGCUCCGUAUUUUCGCCUUAUGUUGCUCAGGAACAAAGAAGCCCAAAUCCGACCUAUGGUCAUUAAUUUUUUAAAGCAAAGACCUAGGAAACAGGAACCACGACCCAUCUUUCUGUGUUUUUUAACCAAAGAUUUUUAUAGUGAUUUUAAUGGGUUUGUGAGGGCAGGACUGCCCAUCUGGGUGCCAGACUGCUCUGAGUGCUUGUGCAGGUGGAGUUCUGGGUGAGCAGGGGGUUAAUUGACAGGGUACAUUAAUGGUACUUGGAGCCUUUGAUGACAAACUACGUCAGAUGUUAACAGUUAUAAGUAUUGACACGGUGCUUAGUGCUCAUGGCCAUUGCUCACUCGCAGAGGAAUGUUGUGAAGUGGGCUAAAUGCAUUGAGAAAGGUGUCAUGAUGGCGACUUCAGGCAAGUCCAGACUCAGCUCCUUGCUCUGCAGCAGUGCAUGGUAAUUAUACUGUAUUUUUAUACAUCAGCCAUAUUAUUUCUUAACUCAUUAUUAACCACACUUUUUGUAUGUUCUAUCUAUGUUUAAAUCUCACGUAAUAUUUUUAAAUCUUACUGAAUAAUGAUGCAUAGGAUAUAUUUUUAUUAAUCAUAUCUAUUUGCAUAUAAACCUGUGCAUGUAUUUGCAUACAUGUGUGUGUGUAUAUUGCGUGUAUCUUUUGAAUGGCAGUAAUGUUGACAAAUGCUGCAGACUGAACCCUUUUCUUGCAUAAUCUUUACCCGACCUACAAAGGAAUUCUUGUGCAACUUUGAAAAUCCUGUUUAGUUUUGACGUUACAUACAUGCUACAUAUGAUGUGUGCGUGAGGGGUGUAGACAGUGAGCACCUUUUCUCGUCCCCUGAAGCUUCAAUUCUUCCCCGUGGUUCCAACUCUGCCCGCUAGAGGGCGCCCCAGGCCAGUAUAUGAGUAUCACGAUGAAACUCAACCCUUUCCUCCCCCACUCCAAAAUACAAAUUGUGAAUUCGCUUUGUCAUCACAGUCUGAGAGUGCUAAAGAUUUUAAACAGAGGAGUUUUAAUCCACUGAUGGUUCAUUUCUUCGGAAAAGCCUGUGUCUUUUUUUGAUCAUUUUUUUUUUUUGCAUUUUUCUUUCUAAACUGUUUCAGGAAAUGUAUAUCCCGUCUUGCCCCUCCCCCUCCACAGCAUGCUAGCUAGGUGCUGAACACCUGUGGGAGCAUUAACACAAGAUAAUUAAAGGUGGGUCUCCUGCCACAUGUGAAGCGGAUGAAAUGAGACAUGUUUGGUUGCUGGGUAUGCCAACUGAAAAUGAAUCUGAAAUAAGUGAAUGUGUAGCUCAUUUAACGCUUUACGGAAAUAAUUGACAGCAACAAAAUUUGAUUUUUGAAAAUAUUUUUUCCACUCUUCUUAAUGAAAGCUUUAUUGUACUUUAAUGUUUUAUUCCAUUUUGCAUUUGUUCAUCGUGCAUGCUUCCUUUAUUUUUUCAAAGAAAUAAAUUCCAUUGUGUACUGUACGUA